GCUCUCCCGGCCAGUUUGUGUAGUAGCACCCGAAGAAGAAUUUCAUCAAUGGCUCCAGCAGUGCAAGGAGAUCGUGCUGGUCAGGAGAAGGAGAUGAAGGGAACGUUUCACCCUUGUCUGUGGGGUGAUUUCUUCCUUACUUACCAGCCGCCGACUUCAGCGCAGGAACCUCAGAUGCUAGAAAAGGCUGAAAUAUUAAAGGAACAAGUAAGGGGGCUGUUAAAAGAUUCAAAGGAAAUACCAACAAUGUUAGACCUCAUAAUGUCGAUCGAGCGGCUUGGUUUGGACUACCACUACGAGAAGGAGAUCAGCCAGCUACUGGAUGUUGUCUUCAGCUCUGGCCAUGAUGACAAUAAUCUACACUUGGUCGCACUCCGGUUUUAUCUUCUACGGAAACAUAGAUAUGACGUGUCACCCGAUGUAUUUCGCAAAUUUCAAGACAAAAAUGGAAGUUUUGGUGACUCUGAUGCAGCAAGUUUGCUAAGUUUAUAUAAUGCGGCACAUCUGAGGUUUCAUGGGGAGGAAAUACUUGAUGAGGCAAUCUCUUUCACUAGAAAACGCCUUCUGGGUGUAAUAGAACAGUUGGAAUCACCAUUCGCAGAGGAAGUGUCUUCAGCCCUUGUUACACCUCUUUUUAAAAGGGUUAAAAUAUUGGAAUCAAGAAGUUACAUAACAUAUUACGGAAAAGAGGCUACACGAAAUGAAGCCUUAUUGGAGCUUGCAAAACUGAAUUUUAACCUUCAGCAACUUAUUUUCUGCAAGGAGUUAAAAGAGGUCACACUGUGGUGGAGUCAGCUGUACAGCAGAACUAAUUUGAGUUUUGUUAGAGACAGAGUAGUAGAAACGUAUUUCUGGAUGAAUGGGGCAACCUACAAACCUCAAUAUUCUUAUGCACGAAUGCUAGCAACGAAGAUCACAGCUUUCAUUACCAUAAUAGAUGACAUAUUUGACACAUAUGGCACCACUGAAGAGAGCAUGCAACUUAAGGCGGCAAUUGACAGGUCGGAUGAAAGUGCAACAAAUCUACUUCCAGAAUACAUGAAGGAUUUCUACUUAUAUUUAUUGGAGUUAUAUAAGUCUGUUGAAGAACACUUAGGACCUGAGAAGAGCUACCGUGUGUUUUAUCUAAAAGAAGCGAUGAAGCAAUUAGUUCACAUGUAUAGCGAGGAAAUAAAAUGGCGUGACGGGAACUAUGUGCCAACAUUGAGCGAGCAUCUUAAAGUUUCGAUGAUAAGCAUCGGAAAUGUCAUGGUAGCAUGUGCUUUUUUUGUUGGAAUGGACGACAUACCAACGGUGAAUACUUACAAGUGGGUUUUGAAUGAUACAACACUUAUGAAAUCUUUUGGUAUAUUUGUGCGGCUCAUAAAUGAUCUCGUAUCAACAAAGCGUGAGCAAACAGCAGACCAUAUUGCCUCUACUGUCCAAUGUUACAUGAAGGACCAUGGGACGACUAAGGAGGUUGCAUGUGAAAAGUUAAAAGAACUUGCUGAGUAUUCAUGGAAGGAUACAUUGCAGCUUUCUCUUGCGCCGACGGAUCUUCCCGUGGCCGUGCCACAAAUGGUACUUGACCUCUCAAAGGCUUCAGGAUACAUAUACAAGUACAACGACGCGUUCACUACUUCAGGCACAGUCAAAGACACGAUAAGGAUGAUCUUUGCCGAGCCCAUUGAAUAGAUAUGCACGAAGAUACCAACUAUAAGGGCAGAUGAUAUACAAGUGCCAGCUAUAUUUGUUUCGAUAAUUCACAGCAUCCAGUCAGAUCAAGAAAAUGGUGAUCGGGAGCGGUCCACUUAGGGAUUAAUUGGAUGUAAAAGUAUCUUGUUUGAACUAAAUAAAAUUGUUGUGCUUACCCCCCCAGUUUGUACUUUAUAAUCGUAGUAGCGGUGAUUUUUCAUUUCUUUUGUAUUAAUCGUUGAGUGAUAAUAAAUAUA